CUGUUAGCCCAGGAAAGCAGGAACCAGUCCUUUGUAACGUCCCUGGCGGACGACAGGGGGCGCCCCGGUGUCCUGUUCACCAGGCGGAACCUUCCUUCUGCUGGCCUCAGUGGGACACGGCGCUACGGGACGGAACACUUCCGGGUCAGAGGCCGCCGCGCACACGUGAGACCGCAGACAGGAGCUGCUGUCCCCGGGACAGGAGGCAUCAUGGAGGAGACGGUGAAGAAACAGCGGAAGCACCAGCAGAAGCACAGCGGGCCCAAAGCCCAGAGGAAGAAGCUGAGGAAGCAGGGAGCCUCCACCGAGGAUGACAGGCGGAAGCGCAACCCCAAGGCCUUCGCGGUGCAGUCCGCCGUCCGCAUGGCCAAGACCUUCCACAGGGCCCAGGACAUCAAAACCAAGAAGCACCACGUCCCCCUGGUGGACCGCACCCCGCUGGAGCCCCCUCCCGUGGUGGUGGUGGUGGUGGGGCCUCCCAAGGUGGGGAAGAGCACGCUGAUCCGCUGCCUGAUAAAGAACUUCACCCGGCAGAAGCUGGGGGACAUCCAGGGGCCGGUCACCGUGGUCUCCGGCAAAAAGCGCCGGCUGACCUUCAUGGAGUGUAACAACGACUUGAACGCCAUGAUCGACCUGGCCAAGGUGGCUGACCUGGUUCUGAUGCUGAUCGAUGCCAGCUUCGGUUUUGAGAUGGAGACGUUUGAGUUUCUCAACAUUUGCCAGGUGCACGGCUUCCCCCGGAUCAUGGGGGUGCUGACCCACCUGGACUCCUUCAAGAACAACAAGGCUCUGAGGAGAACCAAGAAGACGCUCAAACAUCGCUUCUGGACCGAAGUGUACCAGGGGGCCAAGCUGUUCUACCUGUCGGGCAUGGUCUACGGGGAGUACCAGACUCAGGAGGUGAAGAACCUGGGCCGGUUCAUCUCUGUCAUGAAGUUCCGCCCCCUGGUCUGGCAGACGUCCCACCCCUACGUGCUGGUGGACCGCAUGGAGGACCUGACGGACCCCGAGACGGUCCGGACCCUGCCCAGCUGCGACCGGACCGUGUCCCUCUAUGGGUACCUGAGAGGGACUCACCUGAAAAACAAGGGCCAGGUGCACAUCCCAGGCGUGGGGGACUUCCAGGUGACGGACGUCCACUUCCUGCCCGACCCGUGUCCACUGCCAGACGCCCAGAAGAAGAGGGCUCUGAAUGAGAAGGAGCGGCUGCUCUACGCCCCCAUGGCGGGGGUGGGGGGGGUGGUGUACGACCGGGACGCCGUGUACAUCGACCUGCCUGCCGGCCACGUCUCCCAGCAGCAGGACGAGCUGCGCCCCACCACAGAGCUGGUCCAGUCCCUCAUCGACACGCACGCCACGCUGGACGCCAAAAUGGCUGCCAGUACGGUGUCUCUGUUUCGAGGCUCGGCCACCCUGGAUCCCACAGACGGCGCCGAGCAGAGCGGAGAAGAGCAGAAAAAAAUGUGGGAGGAGGGCGUGUGGGAUCCCAACAUCCAAAGAGAAAGAAGGAAGGUGGUCUUUACUGAGGAGACCCAGGAUAGUGAUGCUAGCAGUGAUGAAGAGGAUGAUGAAGAUGGAGAUGGAGAAGAAAGAGAUGUGACUGACCAAGAAGGGGACGAAGAUAACGAUGAUGAUGAAGAUGGAGAAGAAAGAGAUGUGACUGACCGAGAAGGGGAUGAAGAUAACGAUGAUGAUUUAUCGGCAUUCCUCAAAGAAACCAGAGCGUCGUGUGAGCUGAGUGGAGGCGGCGGGUGUCCACCGGAGAAAAAACAGAGGGUGGAGGGGAGGGAGCCGGGGGGGGGCGAGCUGCCAGCCUUUGCUGAUAGUGAGGAUGAGCUGGAGCUGAGUGAGGAGGAGGAGGAGGGAGGAAGAGCAGGGGACUCUGGACACUGCUCUGAAGAUGAGGAAGAGGAGGAUGCUGAGGCUGAAGAUUUGAUGAUGAUGGAAAACGAGAGACAGGAUGAGGAAGAGGAGCAGGGGGCCCUCCGGUGGAAGGACAGCCUCCAGCACAAAGCUGCAGAGGCCUUCCUACGGCAGCAGCAGGCCGCCCCUAACCUGAGGAAGCUGGUCUACGGGGCAGUGGUGGAGGCUAACUCUGGGGAUGAGGAGGAGGAGGUGGGGGGGCUGUUCCGCGUCAGCCGCCCCCAGAAGAGCAAACGCUUUCAGGCCAACGCUCUGGACUGCUCCCGCUUCCCCCCGGACAGCCCCCACAGCUGGGAGCUGGAGGAGGUGAUGGACUCCAUCAGGGACUGCUUUGUGACGGGGAAGUGGGAGGAGGACCAGGAUGCAGCCACGCUGCUCAAGCAGGACGAGGAGCUGUAUGGUGACUUUGAAGACUUGGAGACUGGAGAAGUCCAUAAGAGCCACGCGGGGGCGCAGGACGGGGCUGAGAACGAUGACUCGGACGAGGAGGAGGAGGAGGAGGUCGAGGUGAAGCUGGACGAUGAUGAGGUGCAGAAGAAGAAGCGCUUGGAGAAGAAACGUAAGCUGAAGGAGCGGUUCAACACGGAGUACGACGACGGCGACGCCACCUACUUCGAUGACCUGAAAGAAGAGAUGCAGAAGCAGGCUGAGCUCAACAGGGCUGAGUUUGAGGACAUGGAGGACGAGACCCGGGUGCAGUAUGAGGGCUUCCGGCCUGGGAUGUACGUCAGAGUAGAAAUCUCCUCUCUACCCUGCGAGUUUGUGACCAACUUUGAGCCCUGUUAUCCGGUCAUCCUGGGAGGCCUGGGCUCCAGCGAAGGCAACAUCGGAUACCUGCAGAUGCGGCUGAAGAAGCACAGGUGGUACGACCGCAUUCUGAAGACCCGGGACCCCCUCAUCCUGUCCUUGGGCUGGCGGCGCUUCCAGACCAUCCCUCUCUACCACAUCGAGGACCACAACGGGCGGCACCGCCUGCUCAAAUACACGCCCCAGCACAUGCACUGCGGGGCCUCCAUCUGGGGGCCCAUCACACCACAGGGAACCGGAUUCCUGGCUGUGCAGUCUGUAACGGGAGCUAAUGCUAAAUUCCGCAUCGCGGCCACAGGAGUGGUCCUGGAUCUGGAUAAGUCUGUGACUGUGGUCAAGAAGCUGAAGCUUAUUGGUUACCCUUACAAAAUCUUCAAGAAUACCUCCUUUAUCAAGGGCAUGUUCAACAGUGUGCUGGAGGUCGCUAAGUUUGAGGGCGCUUCCAUCCGAACCGUGUCAGGAAUCAGGGGCCAAAUCAAGAAGGCCCUCUCCACUCCACUGGGGGCCUACAGGGCCACGUUUGAGGACCGCCUGCUCAUGAGUGACAUCGUGUUCCUGCGCUCCUGGUACCCGGUGGCUGUGCCCCAGCUCUACAACCCCGUCACCUCCCUGCUCCUGCCUCCGGGCCACAAGGACGGCUGGUCAGGCAUGAGGACCGUGGGCCAGCUCAAACACGACCUGGGAGUCCGCAACAAGCCCAACGCUGACUCUCUGUACAAGCCGGUGAGCCGGGCCCAGCGGCGCUUCAACCCCCUGCACAUCCCCAAGGAGCUCCAGAAGGCCCUCCCCUUCAAGAGCAAACCCAAACAGCAGCAGGCCAAGGGCAAGACGCCCAGAGACCUCCAGAGGGCCAGCGUGAUCCGAGAGUCCCAAGAGAGGAAGGUGGCAGCCCUGCUCCACGCUCUGACCACCGUCCACAACGACAGGAGGAAAAAGGCCCGCUCCCUGCAGCAUGCCAAGCACAAGGAGUUCCUCCAGCAGAAGGAGAAGCAGGAGGAGGCCAAACUGAAGAGACAGAAGGAGGCAAAGAAAAAGCUGUACCGAGUCAUGGGCCAGAUGGACCAGAAGAAGCAGAGGUCCAGCCUGAAGGGGACGUCAGAGGACCACUAGCUGGCUGGAUUUGGCCCCAUGAAGUGACUGGAGUUUGAUCUGGGGUCAUCUGUGACAGACUGUUGUACUACUUUGUAAAGCUGAGUUUAAACAGUUGUGAGGACAAAUCUGCUGGACUUUUUUUUUUAUAGAAAACGAUUUUCCAGAUGACCCCACAGGAAAAGUGUCCCAUUAGCCAGGUCCCGCGUGUUCUGGGGGAUGAGCCAGCUUCUGGGGUUUCCCUGUACCUGCAGCUCCUGAAGCCGCUGCGUUUAGUCUUCCUGUGAGUAAAGUUAUCCAAAAGGCCUCAGUGGGUAUGACAGGUUCGACAUUUAGUCUAACCCAGACAUCACAUGUGAUGCUGCUGGGCUCCCAGCCCUAAUAAAGCAGUUUGUAAUCCAACAUUUGAAAUCUGGUGCAGAUUGAAUGUACUUUAAGAACAGCUCCUUAAUGUUUGAAAGCAAAACGUCAAAAUUCAUGAAUGGAACAAUGUGGCGUAUUUCUCUAUUUAAUCAGCCAAAGUCGUGUUAGCCUUCUGCAUGUAAAGACAGAAGUGUUGAAUCUUUAACAUUCAAAGACCAUUUAAACAACUUCCUGUCAAAUGACCUGAAUUUUACCACAUUGGGCAAGAAUUCUGAAUUCACCAUCACCCCACAGAAAUGUCUGUUAGCUACCUUAAAGCUGUCAAGUCUGAAAAGACUACUUUUAUUUAUGGUCUUUUACCGUUUUAAAAGUUCCUAUUUAGGAUUUUUAAUAAACACAAAUCCUAAUAGCCGCUGCCCUCUACAGUUCUUUCCUCAAAUGAUUUAUUGGGAAAACUGCUCACCUCCAUCCCUUAUUACACAUAUCUAAUGAUAAUAUUUCAAUUUCUCAUAUAUGCUUUGAGGCAGUUCAAGUCCAUUAUUCGGUCUUCUAUAACCAGGAUGGUUCAACUUUUAGGAGCCACAAAUAGUCUCUCUGAAACACUACACUCUGGUUUUGUUUAAAGUUAUGUUUAAACUGCCUGAAGUUUUAAAGCCUUCAUUUAAAAAGGCUUUAAAACUUUUUUAAUUAAGUUCUUCUGGCCUUUGUAUUUCAGUUCCACCCCUUAUUUUUUUUAUUCCUGAAAAAAUGUUGUCCUUAAAAUAAAAUUGUUUUCCAAACGG